GCGAUCUCGACUGUUUUCAGACACUUCGAGGCAAUCGGAAGAUUGCUGUUUUUGCAGCAGAUUUGGCACAUGGCAGCAUCUAGCAGCGCGGCGCGGCGUCCCUAUAUCCACCUUGCACUCGUGCAGCAGCGGCAGCGCAUGCGCGUUGCAUCGGGACGGCGCGCGAGGCCCUGCAAUUGGGGCUGCCCUGUGAACGCCCCACCGCGCAGGCACGCUGCGGCUCCUCGCGCUCGCGCUGUCCGCGGCGACAGCGCGGGCCGCCUGCCCGGCGGCCACGCUGGACUUCGUCAUCAACGAGGGCGACGCGGCCCACGAGGCCUACGCCGCGGACAUCGCCGCCGAACUCACCAAGCUCGGCCUGGCGGUCAACAUGAGGCCCCUCGACAAAGACGCGAAGAACGCGGCCAUGGUCAACGGCGACUACGACCUCGUCUUCUCGGAGACGUGGGGCGCGCCCUACGACCCGCACUCGUACGUCAAAUCGUGGGCCUCCCCCGACGAGGCGCACUACAGCGCGCUGCCGACCGCGGGCAUCGACCGGGUCGCCUUCGAGGCCCAGGUCGACGCCGUGCUCUCGGAGAUGGACGAGACGGAGCGCCAGAGCAAGUGGACGGCGCUCCUCUCGGAGAUCCACUACGACGUCCUGCAUUUACCCCUCUGGGGCAAGCGCAUUCCCUCCCUGGUCAACAACGCGCGCCUCUCGGGCUACGUGCCCGGCGCGCAGCAGUACGACUACCCGCUCCACAAGGUGACCGUCCUCGACGCCGACAAGACCGUGAAGGUGGCGCCGGGCGCCCAGACGGGCCUGUUCGCGUCCGUCGGCCGCCUCGACCCGCACAGCUACCGGCCGAACGAGUUCUUCGCGAACAACUGGGUCUACGAGGGCCUCAUCGCCUACGGCGUAGGCGGUACGCUGGAGCCGGCGCUCGCGACGGCGUGGACGUCGACGGUGAACUCCGACGGCGGCGAGACGGUCCGCUUCACGCUUCGCACGGGCGUCAAGUUCCACGACGGCGCGGACUUCGACUGCGCGGCCGUGAAGCUCAACUUCGACCACGUCUUCGCGGAGGAGCUCACGACCGGUGACUGGCACGGGUGGUACGGCCUGCCGGAAGUGUACAAGGACUGUUCGUGCGACGGCGAGACGUUUGUGCUGAACACGAAGAAGGCCUACUACCCGCUCCUGCAGGAGCUCUCGUACAUCCGCCCGCUGCGCAUGCUCUCGCCGACGGCGUUCGUCGGAGGCGCCGCCAGUGACCCCGUGACGCAGAACUCGUGCCCGACGGGCUGGGACGCCGACCUUUCGACGAUCACGUGCGCCGGCACGACGGCCAUCGCCGGCACGGGCCCGUGGAAGUUCGAGUCGCGCACGGCGAGCGCCGACAGCACCGACGACGACGUACAAGAUGAUCUGGUCGUCUUCGCGGCGAACGCGGACUACUGGGGGACCACGGGGGACAUCGAGAAGCUGCACGUCGUGAAGUACGCCGACUCGGCGGCCGUCAAGGCCGCGCUCGAAGCCGGGACCCUCGACGCCGUGGUCGGCGCCGGGGUGCUCGCGCCCGCGGACGAGGAGGCGCUCGGGGCCCAGGCCGGCUUCGACCUCGCGUACGGCGAGCUGUCGCAGAACUCGGUGAUCAUCAUGAACAUCGCCGACGCGGACAUGCGGCAGGCGGUGGUCCAGGCCAUCGACAGCGACCCGAUCAUCGCCAGCGAGCUGAACGACGCGUACCAGCCCACGGGCCGGCUGUUCCCGGCGACGCUGCCGUACUGCGACGUGACGCUGGCCGAGGUCGACUACGACCUCGAGAAGGCCAAGCGGGUCAUCGACAUCGACCUCCUCUGCCCCGCCGACAGCAAGAAGAAGGGCGACGACGGCCUGAGCGGCGGCAUCGUCGCGCUCAUCGUGAUCCUCGUGGUCGUCCUCGCCCUCGUCGUCGCGUUCGUCGGCUACGUCGUGAUGAAGGAGAAGGCCGGCGAGCCCCUCUUCAUGGAGGUGACGACCAAGACGCCCCUCCAGGAGAAAGUCUGAUCUCCCCGCGGUCACGCGACUCACGCCCUCCUUCCCCCCCCGCUUGCAAGCUAGCGUAAAGUUCUGAGGGUCAUUGC